UAUGAUCAGAGACAAGCAAACUUGUCGAGCCGACUUCAUAUUCUAUUCUAACAGAAUCAUUCGCCUCCUAGUCGAGGAAGGUCUCAACCAUCUACCAGUGGUCGAGCAAUCGGUCACCACACCCGUAGGCCGGGUUUACCUCGGAGUUAGAUUUGAGGGGAAAAUAUGCGGCGUUUCGAUAAUGAGAGCAGGGGAAGCCAUGGAGCAAGGCUUAAGGGACUGCUGCCGAUCCGUGCGUAUCGGCAAAAUCCUGAUCCAAAGGGAUGAGGAGACCUGCAAACCAAAACUUUUCUAUGAAAAACUUCCAACUGAUAUACGCAAUCGAUGGGUACUCCUUCUGGAUCCAAUGUUUGCAACCGGCGGCUCUGCAACGCUUGCAGUCGAAGUUCUUAAAGCGAAGGGUGUUCCUGAAGACCGCAUACUCUUUCUCAAUCUUAUUGCAAGUCCAUCAGGAGUCGCGGAUUUCGCAGAACGAUUUCCCAAGCUAAGGGUAGUAACUGCAUUUAUAGACCAGGGUUUGGAUGAGAAAAAAUAUAUCAUUCCGGGGCUGGGUGACUUUGGUGACAGAUAUUAUACACUUUAGAUCGAUAUUUGUACUUGUAAGAGGUUAUCAGGUGCAUGGCGGAGGUCACGAGGGAGUCUUCUUUAAAUGACAUUACUUUUAUUACAC